AUGAGUUCAAAUGAUUCAGUUCGAGCAUCAUCUUUAAAAGAAGAUGGAUUAGCUCAACUUAGUCGAUCAACAGAAAAUGCGAAGAGAAUUAAGACUGUUCAAGAUAAAUUUGUUAAUAGUCAACCAUUGAUGAAAGAAGGUCGAGCACUUGUUGGUGAAGGAAUUUUGAUGAAAGUUUGUCGAAAAAAACCAAAACAACGAGCUUUUUUUCUAUUUAAUGAUAUACUUGUAUAUGGACGCGUGGUUAUUAAUGGACGUAAGUAUUCACAACAAAAAAUUAUACCAUUAAAUGAAAUUCAAAUAAGUACUCCAAUUGAUUCUGAAGAAAAUCCAUAUUCGUGGUUAAUUUGUAGUCCAAAAAAAUCUUUUAUUGUUCGAGCUAAUUCUGAUCGAGAACGACAAGAAUGGUUAACACAUCUUGAACGUUGUAUUCAAUCUGCUUGUGGUGGUAACACUACACAGCAUAAAGCUGUAGCUGCAUAUUGGGUGCCAGAUGAUAAAGCAGAUACAUGCAUGCAUUGUCAUAUAUCGAAAUUUUCUACGUAUAAUCGUAAACAUCAUUGUCGAAAUUGUGGUUAUAUCGUAUGUGAAGGAUGUUCAAAAAACCGUUUUCUUUUACCUCAUUUGGAUUCUAAACGAGUUCGUGUUUGUGAUUCUUGUUUUUCAAAAUUAAAUAUGAAUAAUAUGAAUGAUUCUCAUCCAAAUCAACGUGAUAGCAGUGAUAGUGAUGGUGAAGAAAAUCAUGCAAAUUACUCACCUAUACCUGCUACAUUUUAUCAAAACAUUGAAAAUCUCUAA